AAGACUGCAAGAGAGUGAGCGAGCAAAGCGGGCACAAAGACAGACAGAGAGAGAGAGAGAGAGAGAGAGGAGAAGGAGGGAGUAAGAAAUCGAGAGAGGCUGAGUGGGAGGCAUCCGUCUCUCUGGUAGUAUUGCCAAAGCAACGGAGAGAAGAGGAGAGAGGAGGUGGUAUAUGGUCUGUGAACGUCUUGUAGCUGCAGCCAAGAGAUGUUCUGCUACUGUUGACUCUGGACUCAAGAGAGGGAUGGAUGCUCACACACAUAAACGACAGGAUAAUUGAGCUGCUGCUGCAACCAGGACUUGAACUGAACCUACAGCACUGUAGUGGCUCCUCACCGAGACACAGAGCGAGAUCAAAGCAGGAUGUGGUAUUGCGUGCAUGCUUUUACGAGUGUUAGUUUGCGGGUAUAACAGGUGCUCUCAGGUGAGCGGGGUUAACUUGAAACCAACCUGUAAACCGACUCCGUGACACCAGUGUGUGCCUAUGUGUGCGUGUGUUUAUGUGACACAGUUAGUUGUUGUGUAAGAGUGUGUACAUAUGUGUAUGUUUAGCUGCAAAUGACCAGGUGCACAUACUGUAUGGUCUGUACGUGUUUGUGACACUGGUGUCAGAGCCCACACACACAAACGCGCAGACACACGUCAGGAGGAAGUGACACGUCUGUGCUUGCUCUCGAAUUUCCUGGUCCCCUCUCCGGUGGCAGGCAAAGCGCCGAAUCUGAGCCGAGUUCACCUGUCUCACCCUCACAGGUGGGACUUCAGCUCCCUGGAUGCAUCAGCAGAGGAGCACUGACGUUUCUUGGAUGAGUAAAGAACAGUUAGAUGCUUGUAGACUCUGAUUGUGGCUGAGUGUCACAUCAGCCCUGCCUUUCGAGAUAAACCAGCACUUCCUCAAGCCGCCAACGUGCUGCUGUGGUGCUGUUCUUGUGCCGGUGCCCAUCUCUGGACCUCUCCAUGACUGUCAAUACAGUGCUGACCUCCCCCAUGACCAGCAGUAACAGUAUGAGCAGCGGGUACUGCAGCCUGGACGAUGAGUGCGAAGACUUCAAUUUCUUCACAGCCAAGACCUCGUUCUUCCGCAAGCCCAGGCCUGCGCCGAAGCAGAAUGAGACGAAAGAGGAGGAGGCCAGAGGGACAAAAGACCUGUCAGAGAAAGAGGUGCAGACCAGGAUAAAAGCGUAUAACUCUCAAGUCACUGAAAAUGGCAUGAAACUGGCUUCGGACGGAUCCUACACAGGUUUCAUUAAGGUCCACCUGAGGCUCAGUCGACCAGUCACAGUCCCCGCUGUGGAUUUGUCGGGCUCAGAGGAUCAGGAGGGGACGGACUGCGAGCAGAGUGAAAAGAGAUCAUCCUUCUACAUACCACGCGAAUGUGUGAAGCAACUCCACAUCAGCUCUCUGACCACCACCAGAGAGGUCAUCCAGGGCUUGCUGAAGAAGUUCAUGGUGUUGGACAAUCCCCGCAAGUUUGCAUUGUACAGGCAGACACACCGCGACGGGCAGGAUCUGUUUCAGAAGCUUCCUCUGCCUGAGCGUCCUCUUCUUCUGAGGUUGAUUGCCGGGCCUGACCCACAACAACUCAGCUUUGUCCUCAAGGAAAACGAGACUGGAGAGGUGGAGUGGCAUGCAUUCUCUGUCCCUGAGCUACAAAACUUCCUGGUAAUCCUGGAGAAAGAGGAGGCGGAGCGCGUGCGGGCAGUGAAGCAAAAAUAUACCAUGUACCGACAGAAACUACAGCAGGCCCUACAACAACAUGACCCCUGACCCCUCACCUGUUACCUUAUGACCUCAACCCAGGGAGAGACUGCCCCUCUGAACACUGACCCCUCCAGACCCCAUGAUCUAUUCAGAGACUGGAGCCAGAGCUGAACUUGUCUCCACCCUCCACAUAUACACACAAACACACUGUACAUCCACACACAGAUGCAUACCCUUUCUCAGGACACAAACAAGACCCCACUCCCACCCCAACCCCACCCCACCAUCCAUACGUCCACUCCCUGAGGAGAGAAUCAGGGGUUGAAAGCGGCGUGAAAGGCUACAGGGUGUGUGGUCCGCUAACUGAUUGGACAAGUAGCGUUUUCAUUGCCAAGGACACACACAGAAAGAUCUGAAACUCCAACUUGAGAUCUCAUUUGGGACUGAUGUGAAUCAAUGGUGUUUUUAAAGAUUCCGUCUUCUUCUGCUACUGCUGCUGCUGCUACUGCAAGUGUUACUUAUGCAUGAGUCUCUUUCAGCUCAUCCCCCUGCACAUAGAGUUAGAAUAGAAACAGAAGGCAUGAUUACUUUUUUCUGCAUCUCUUUGGGAUGGAAGGACAAUCAUACUGUGUGUUUCUUUUUCUCUUUUUUCCCUUGGACUUGAUGUAUAGGUUUAUCACCAGAUGUUUUAUUUUUGUUGCUGGAAUAUAACGCGUGUGAAUUAGUGAGAGAGGUGUCUAGGGACAGGGCUGAAGCACUGGCUAUCGGUGCUUCUCCUGAAGUAAUGGCAGGAAGCAGAAGGCUGGGUUUGUUUUAAGUGCUUAGAACAAGAAGGAGUGGAAGGACAAGAAAGCAAAAAAGUGAGAUCCAUUCUCUGAUUUUUCUCAGGGAGCAUGUGUUGAGCAAAGAAAGAACUUAAAGGAGGAAAGAAAACCCUCUUCCACCUUUCCCACCCUAUUUUAGAACACUUUUAUCUGUUCUUAUUCGCCCAUUUAAACGCCAAAUGAUAGACUAGUGUGAUGAUGCUGUCAGGCAACUCACUCGACAGAGAGAGCUUCAAUCCGACCCAGUUACCACCUCUCUCCUUGCUUCUCCAAACAAACACACAAUCCUAACCUCUUCUCAGAUGAUAACUGUGAUUUCAUUCCCAUUUUUCCCACCUUAAAUCGCGAUCUAACCAACUGUGCAUGAACUCUACAUGCAAAUAAAGCCUAUUGAGGGAAGCAAUUCACCUAUGGUAUAUGGGUUGCAUUUGAAUGUGAGAGGGCUUUCUUUUUGUUUUGUUUUUUACACCAAAGCUUUAAGAGGGACAGAUCUGUUUUUAGACUAUUUUAAAGGGAAAAGAGACAUUUGGAAGUUUAAAUUGAAGGUGGUGUAUGUAAAAAUUAAACCAGCUUCUGUUUUGCACAUAUUGAUGCAGGUCACACUGAAUGGCCCACACCUCUGGGGCUGGGCAUGCAUUUCUGUUUUUGUUUUCUUUUAUCUCCCCACCUUCCACCCAAAAAAAGAAGAAACAGAAAAUAUAUAAAAUUCAUGAUAAUCGCUAUGAUGUACCAAUGAUGUGUUUGCAAUGCAUAUGUAUUAUGUAGACACUGGAAAAAGAGUGACAAGGUUUAACUUUGUUGUUAUUACAAAUAUUAAUAUUCUUUUGGUAUCAUUCCUACUGGUGUGUGUGUGUGUGCGUGCGUGCGUGCGUGCGUGCGUGUGUGUGUGUGUGUAUGUGCGUGCGUGCGUGCGUACGCGUGCGUGCGUGCGUGCGUGCGUGCGUGUGUGUGUGUGUGUGUGUGUCUGUGCGCACGCUCUUCUAGGGCAGUGAGGAAAAUGUGAAUAGCGUUUUAUAGUAAGAGUCUGUGUGUAAUCAGCGCUCCCUGAUUGGGCCUCACUUAUCAAGUAUCAAAUACACUGAGUGCACAUUUAAUAUAACACAUUACAACUGCAAAUGAGGUUGUGUUGGAAACAGUAUUUGGCAUGCAUAUAUCAUAAAACAAAUGCAUUUAAUCAUUUAAAAAAAAAAACUUUCACACAUCCUUAUGUUUCUUCAUUUAUUCCAUGUACAUACUGAUAAAUGAGGCCUAUUGUCCAUAAGCACAUGCUUCUCAGUAAACCCAAACCUGUUAAUUUUCUAACAUCACCACCCAAAGCCCAAGCUGUUCCUGCUGGCAGUGCCUUUUGUUUCGCGUGCCCCCGUGUAUUUAUGUAAGGUGUGUUUCAACACACAGGUGCCUGAGUGUACGUAUGGGUGUUUUUGCAUGCGUUUCUUGGGUGGUGUUGUAUCUUUUCUUCUGUCCCCUAUUCUUAUCAUUCAUGUGUCUGUCCAGCAAACCCUCUGUGCGUGAGUGUGUAUGCGUGCGUGCGUGUUAUUUAUUUCAUGGUUCACACCAUCCACAUGAUAUUAUGUGAAGGAUGUUGAGACUUAAUGCUUUUUUUGCAAUUUAUUUUGUUUUAUUUGAAGAGGUGUGUAUAAAUAUACCAGUAGAACUGUACAGAACUUCAAAAUGAAAUAAAAAGGUCGUCCCUUUAUUGAAAA